AUGAAUUGGGGAUUUGCUUCUUCGUUUGCAUCGUCUUCCUCUUCCAAGAAUUCCUCAUCCAUGAGAACAAUACCGUCUCAAACACCCCGUAACCAUCAUCAGAAAACACAACAACAACAAAAGCAACAACAAUAUAUUGAACCUGUAACAAUACGUACUCUGCUGAAAGUGAAACCAAACAUUGCUAAUAACACUAAAAUAAAACCAAAACAUUUAAACAUAAAGGAAUCCAAUAUCGUUGUAUCCAACAAUGAAUACCAAUUCGAUUCCAUAUUCGAUGUGGAUUCCAAAGAGACGGAAUUCUAUGACAGUAUAACAGAUAACCUCAUUGACGAUAUUUCUAAGGGAUAUAACACUACAAUAAUGACUUAUGGCCCCACAUCAAGUGGGAAAUCACAUGCUUUAUUCGGUGAUCCAGAUUCCACCAAUGACGGACUGAUUAACCAUAUUGCAGAUCGACUAUUAUUUCCUCAAUGUGAAGACAAUUUGAAAACUUUAUGUUCAAUAUCAAUGUGGGAACUGUAUAUAGAUAAGGUCUAUGAUUUAUUAUUAAACAAUGGUAAACCUUUAAAAGUUCACGUUCAUGGCGAUCACAUACGAGACCUACAUCAGAUUCAUGUAACUUCUCCUAUUGAAAUUAAAGAUACUCUCAAGAAUGGGUAUAAGAAUAUUUCACCACUACAUCAUUCAAAAUCGCAAAUAUUUGUACGAUUUGAAGUACAAUGCAUAGAUAGAAAGGAUGAUGUUACUCGGUGUAGUUCCAUCACUUUCAUUGACCUUUGUGGGUCAGAUUUAUUAACGAAACAGAAUGCAUCCAAGCUUUCUUCUGAUGAUAUUAAGAAAUUUAAUCAAAUGAUAUAUUUGUUGCAAAAUUUAAUUAAAACUUUACCGGAGGAACAAUCCACAAAUUCCUCCCAUUUUAAGGAUUCUUCAUUAAACAAAAUAUUGAUGGAUUAUUUAGGUGGAGAUACAAAGAUGACUUUGGUUGUAGCAAUAGAUGGUAACACAGGUGGAUAUGAGGACGCCGUGAAACUAGGUGCAAAGGCAAAACUAAUUAAAAACUAUCCAACUAUGAACAAGAUUGGUUUAAAUGCAAAGAGGAAAAUGGAUUUGCUGGUACAAGAUAUGAAUGUUAAAGAACAAAAUUAUUUAGCCAAGAUUAAUUUGUUACAAACUGAAAUUAAAACAUUGAAAACUGAAAAUGAUUCGACAACAAAUUCUACCUCCAAUUCAUUGGAGAAUGCCCUUCAAGAAAACUCAAAACUAAAAUUACAGUUGGAAUCAUUACAACAAAUUUUAGGCACAAUGUCUCUUGCAAACCCUUCUUCAUCAAAUAAAAAUGAAAUGAACGAGCAUGAUGAGUUAUUGAAAAAAUUAAUGUCUACAUGUGAAGAUGUCGCUAAUUUACAAUUAUCUGUGGAUAAUGGGAAGCACAUCAAUAGAAAAUUAAAGAAACAAAUAGAUGCUAAUUCAUCAAAGGAAGAUGUCUUUGAAACAAUGAAUAGUACCUUAUUGAAACAGAUUCAAAAUCAAGAAAAGGAAUUGGAGGAAUUAUUAACUGCAAAUGCAUCUUUACAAAUUGAAUUUGAAAACCUGCGGAAAGUUUCUAAUUCAAGAAAGGAAAGAAUAACACAUCUUGAGAAAAUACUAAAAGACCUACAAAAUCAUAAUGUACAAUCAUCGUCUCCCGGUAAAUCUCCAAAGCAUUUGCCAUCUAAACUUGCUACAAAGGUAGAUUCAAAUAGCCCACAAAAUCAUUCAUUAUUUAAGACAUCUUCCAAAACCUCAUCAUCAUCCACGUCCAAUUCGAACUCAAAUUUGAAUGCAAACACAUCUUGGAGUGUGAGAAAAGCAUCUACGGCAACAAUAACAUCAACCACCUCUCAAGAUUCUCAUACAGCACGCCCUAUUAAGCGCGGAAUAAACCUGCAUUCUGUUAGAGUGGUGUCUGAGAGUACAAUAGUCCCUGAACAUUCUCCAUGA